UCUAACCCCGUAUUAUUAACUCCGGAUACAGACUCGCCGCUGUCACGUUAGACUAAUGAGCAGCCGAGCCCAGUGGCUUCGGCUGUGAAGCCCAAGUGCAUCAAGUUUUAGUAACUAGCGGAUUCUACCGUUAAGUUAGUAAGUCGUAAGUCGUACAGUACUUCUGUCACAGGUCAUUUUUAUUUAAUAAUUAACAAGAGGCCUGAUCAGAUCUCAGAUCCUCUGUGACCGCCUCUUGGUCGCUCGAUCCGUUCGUUUCCUUCUUUCUUUAUUUUGUUCUAUAUGCCCCUGACCGCAAAAUGACCCGUGUGUUCGAGAAUGCGUCCAAUCUUCAGCCAUGGUCGAUAGCAACUUGUGUUUCGGUGACGGGACUGGCUUUCGUCACCGUAUGCUUGCGUCUGCUUUCUCGCUACGAACGGAAGCAAAAGCUCUGGUGGGAUGACUACAUGGUCAUCUUCUCCAUGGUGUGGAACAUCAUGGUAUUGGGAUUCAUCCUUGGAAUGAUCAAGUAUGGCAUGGGUCUUCAUGCAGACACUAUUCCACCCGAGCACGUCGUCAUGAUCGCAAAACUCCUUGUCGUCGCGGAGGUUCUCUACGUUUAUAAUCUAGUGUGGACAAAGAUUAGCUUCCUGCUGAUGUACUACCGCAUCUUCCAUGUGCCCUAUUUCAAGAAAUGGGCCUAUAUCAUCGGUACCUUUGUCGUCCUCUGGGUGAUCACGAUCAUGUUCGCAUUUAUCUUCAUUUGUGUCCCCGUGGAGAAGCUGUGGACUCCUUCAUUGCCAGGCCAUUGCAUCAACCAGGUCGGCACGUGGAUUGCGAACGCUUGCUCAACGAUCGCCACCGAUCUGGCCAUUCUCGUCCUGCCCAUUCCACAAGUGUGGAAACUACAGCUAGCGCGCUCCCAGAAGAUCGCACUUACGAUUGCUUUCUGCCUCGGCUUUUUCGUCGUCUUCGCAUCGGCCUAUCGUUUCACUGUGCUUUUCUCCUACUCCGCCCUCGAUUCCUCCUAUACUUUAGCGCCCACUGUCGGCUGGACCGCCAUUGAAAUCUCUGCAGGCAUCAUCUCAGCAUGCUUGCCUACUUUGCGCCCUGCGUUGCAACUGUUUGCCCGGAAGUGCGGUAUCAAAGGCUUCAUGUCUGAUCUGCGGACCACACCAGCGACGGGCUAUUCGGGGACUGGGCGUUCGAAGGGAGGUAGCCACGGGCCCGGUACGACGAUCGAUUCCACCACGAGCCAUGCGCGAUCGGAAAGCCAGCGACGCUUCUAUCGGCUGGACGAUGAAAGUGGCACUGGCCAGAUGGAGAGCGAUCGAUUCCCGAUCGACAGUUCGUUGAGGCCCAAGCACGGCUACAUUUACACGACUUCUGUUCUUGGUACGACUAAAAACAAUGAUGCAGACAGUCUGAGCGGCGAUGAAGUCCCUCUGCACAGCAUCCGUGUGCAGAAGGAUUUCAAGCAAGUGGAAGGAUGAUCGCUAUCUCGGCGAGAGCCACUCCCAAGUACGUAUGGUACUCUAGUAUUAUAACUUGGCGCAGCCCUCCCCACCAGAUCGGUUCGUGCUAGGAUUCCGCCGUUCGCUGCGGGCUGUGCUCUCUUCACGGGGGAAACAGCACCCGUACAUAUGGGAUGAACGACUGUAUAUAGAGAUUUUGUAGCAUAUAUCCCACCAUUCAAUGUCAAAUUCCUAAUUUUCUUUUGUUCGCCCCUUUUUCUUUUCUUUUUUUUUUUUAUUAUUUCCCACUCCUGCGUAUAAGG